AUGGAGGAGGAGAGUGUCACCCGCAAGAUCAACAACAGCUUCCUACGCGACCACAACUAUGCUACUGAAGCUGACAUCAUCUCCACGGUGGAGUUUAACCCUUCGGGGGAGCUGCUGGCCACAGGGGACAAAGGAGGAAGAGUGGUGGUCUUCCAGAGAGAACAGGAGACUAAAAGCGAGCCCCAAAGGCGAGGGGAGUAUAAUGUGUACAGUACGUUCCAGAGUCAUGAUCCAGAGUUUGACUACCUGAAGAGUCUGGAGAUAGAGGAGAAGAUCAACAAGAUCAGAUGGCUGCCGCAGCAGAACGCUGCCUACUUCCUCCUCUCCACCAACGACAAGACAGUGAAGCUCUGGAAGAUCAGUGAGAGAGACAGACGACCAGAUGGAUACAACCUGAAGGAUGAAGACGGACGAAUCAGAGACCCAUCUACAAUCACCUCACUACGGGUUCCUGUUCUCCAGAACACAGAUCUGAUGGUGGAGGCGACAGCGCGGCGUGUGUUCAGUAACGCCCACACCUACCACAUCAACUCCAUCUCUGUGAACUCUGACCUCCAGACCUACAUCUCCACCGACGACCUCAGGGUCAACUUGUGGAACCUGGAGAUCACCGACCAGAGCUUCAACAUCGUGGACAUUAAGCCGUGUAACAUGGAGGAUCUGACGGAGGUGAUUACAGCAGCAGAGUUCCAUCCUCAGCAGUGCAACACCUUGGCUUACAGCAGCAGUAGAGGGUCAGUACGACUCUGUGACAUGAGGAAACAGGCGCUCUGCGACACACACUGCAAGUUCUUUGAGGAGCCAGAGGACCCCUCCACCCGUUCAUUUUUCUCAGAGAUCAUCUCUUCCAUCUCAGACAUCAAGUUUAGUCACAGCGGGCGCUUCUUGAUGACACGGGACUACCUGACGGUCAAGGUGUGGGACCUCAACAUGGAGACCAGACCGGUCCAGACAUACCAGGUCCAUGACUACCUGAGGGGUAAGCUGUGUUCUCUGUACGAGAACGACUGCAUCUUCGACAAGUUUGAGUGUGUCUGGAACGGGUCAGACAGUGUCAUAAUGACGGGGUCUUAUAAUAAUUUCUUCCGGAUGUUUGAUCGGAACACCAAGAAAGAUGUGACCCUGGAAGCUUCCAGAGAGAACAGCAAACCCCGGGCCAUCCUCAAACCACGCAAGGUGUGUGUGGGUGGGAAGCGUCGUAAAGACGAGGUGACUGUUGACAGUCUGGACUUCAGUAAGAAGAUCCUCCACUCCGCCUGGCACCCACAGGAAAACAUCAUCGCUGUGGCAGCCAGUAACAACCUCUACAUCUUCCAGGACAAGGUCACCUAG